CUUCCUUCAUUACAGAGAGAUCACUAUUGUCGAAAUCGCAGGGUUUGCACACACGCACACACACAGAGCGAGAGAGAGAGAGAGAGAGAGUCAAUGGAGGGGAAAGAGGAGGAUGUGAGGCUGGGAGCCAACAAGUUCGCCGAGAGGCAGCCUCUGGGAACGUCGGCCCAGACGAAGGACUACCAGGAGCCACCGCCGGCGCCUCUGUUCGAGCCCGGCGAGCUCCAGUCAUGGUCCUUCUGGAGGGCGGGGAUCGCCGAGUUCAUGGCCACUUUCCUCUUCCUCUACAUCACUGUUUUGACCGUGAUGGGCGUCGUCAGGUCUCCUACCAAGUGUGGCACUGUGGGGAUUCAGGGCAUCGCUUGGGCUUUUGGCGGCAUGAUCUUUGCCCUGGUUUACUGCACUGCUGGGAUUUCAGGUGGGCACAUAAACCCUGCGGUGACAUUUGGGCUGUUCCUGGCUAGGAAGUUGUCCCUGACCAGGGCAAUCUAUUACAUGGUGAUGCAAUGCCUUGGAGCAAUCUGUGGGGCUGGUGUUGUUAAGGGCUUCCAGAGAAAACCGUAUGAGGCGUUGGGUGGUGGUGCCAACAUUGUAAACCCUGGCUAUACCAAGGGCGAUGGCCUUGGAGCUGAGAUUGUUGGUACUUUUGUGCUUGUCUACACUGUUUUCUCUGCUACUGAUGCCAAAAGAAGUGCUAGGGACUCUCAUGUUCCUAUUUUGGCUCCUCUCCCUAUUGGAUUUGCAGUGUUCUUGGUUCACCUGGCAACAAUCCCCAUCACUGGAACUGGCAUCAACCCAGCCCGGAGCCUUGGGGCCGCCAUCAUCUACAACAAGGAUCAUGCCUGGGAUGACCAUUGGAUUUUCUGGGUUGGACCCUUCAUUGGAGCGGCGCUGGCUGCACUAUACCAUCAGAUAGUGAUCAGAGCGAUUCCGUUCAAGAGCAGAUCAUAAGAGAUCUUCUGCUUCUCUCAGUCAUCAUCUUUUCAGCUGGAAUGUGUUUGCCUUUUGUUGUUGUUGUUGUUGUUGUCUUCUUUUUCUAUAUCUAUAGUGAGGCUGGAACUGAGCUGCUGCUGCUGCUGCUUGUGUAUAAAAUGACCGCCGGUUGUAAUCUGCAACCGAGUGUAAGAUUGUUCCUGUGCAAUGUAUUAUUGUUCUUCUUGCUGUAUCAAAUCCCCAAGUUCGUGAAUUCUUCUUCUCUUCAUUGUGGGGCUUUGCAUGUCUUUUUUUUUUUUGGUUUUAGAUUUUCAUUUUAGUUUUGAAUGUGAGUCUGGGGUUGCUCUUUGUAAUUAAAAAAAUUACUUCACUGGUUUGAAUUAUGGAAAUGAUAUGAUCUCUUUUGCAAA